AUGACAAAGAAGACGACUGGACCGAUCCAUCGGCCCGAUAAUACAAGCCUCGAGAUUAGCUGUCUUAGCUCUCUUUCUCUCUCUCUUUUUCUCUUUCACUGUCUCUCUCUUUCUUUCUUUCUUUGCCUUUCUCUCCCUCUUUCUUUCUCUCUUUCUCUCUCUCUCCUUCUUUCUUUCUUUCUUUCUUUCUUUCUUUCUUUCUUUCUUUCUUUUCUUUCUCUCCCUUUCUUUCUCUCUUUCUUUCUUUGUCUUUCUCUCCACUUUCUUUCUCUCUUUCUCUCUCUGUUUUUCUCUCCCUCUUUCUUUCUCUCUUUCUCUCUCUUUCUCUCUCUGUCUUUCUUUGUCUUUCUCUCCCUUUCUUUCUCUCUUUCUUUCUUUGUCUUUUCUCACUUUCUUUCUCUCCUCUCUCUUCUUUCUCUUUCUUUCUCUCUUUCUCUCUCUUUCUUUCUUUCUUUGUCUUUCUCUCCCUUUUCUUUCUCUCUAGAGCUCCUUCUCUUUCUCUUUCUUUUCUCUUUCUCUCUUUCUCUCUCCCUUUUUCUUUCUUUCUCUCUUUUCUUUCUUUCUUUCUUUCUCUCCUUUCUCUUUUUUCUCUUUCUCUCUUUUUUCUUUCUUUCUUUCUUUGUCUUUUCUCUCCCUUUCUUUCUCUCUUUUUCUCUCUUCUCUCUUUUUCUCUUUCUCUCUCUUUCUUUCUCUUUCUCUCCCUCUUUCAUUCUCUUUCUCUCUCUUUCUUUCUUUCUUUGCCCUUUUCUCUCCCUCUUUCUUUUCUCUUUUCUCUUCUCUUUCUUUCUUUCUUUCUUUCUCUUUUCCCUUUCUUUCUCUCUUUUCUCUCUUUCUUUCUUUGUCUUUCUCUCCCACUUUCUUUCUCUCUUUCUAGAGCUCUCUUUCUCUCUCUCUUUUUCUCUUUCACUAUCUCUCUCUUUCUUUCUGUCUUUCUCUCCCUCUUUCUUUCUCUUUCUCUCUCUUUCUUUCUUUCUUUGCCUUUCUCUCCCUCUUUCUUUCUCUCUUUCUCUCUCUCUCCUUCUUUCUUUCUUUCUUUCUUUGUCUUUCUCUCCCACUUUCUUUCUCUCUUUCUCUCUCUUUCUUUCUUUGUCUUUCUCUCCCUCUUUCUUUCUCUCUUUCUCUCUCUGUCUUUCUCUCCCUCUUUCUUUCUCUCUUUCUCUCUCUUUUUUCUUUGUCUUUCUCUCCCUCUUUCUUUCUCUCUUUCUAAAACUUUCUUUCUCUCUCUCCUUUUCUCUUUCUCUCUCUUUCUUUCUUUGUCUUUCUCUCCCUCUUUCUUUCUCUCACUCUCUUUCUCUCUCUCUUUCUAUCGCUCUCUUUCUCUCUCUUGCUAUGUCUCCGAGAGAAUCAUUAUGUGGAGCCACGGUAGAUUUCUUAAGGAAACAUCAAAAUUUAUAA